AUGGAACGGAGUAGGGAUGAGGAGCGACGCCAUCGUGAUGGCGAAACGCAUGAGGAGCGGAAACAACGUCGGGAGGAAAAGCGAAAACGCCGCGACGAGCGACAUGCGCGAUGUCGCCAGCGAGAGGAACCGGAUGACCAUCAGCGCUCAGCAAAACGAGCCCGGCCAGAAAGCGAGGACAUAACGGAGAACGGUAUCGCAGCGGCUACAGGACUUUUCGUUUGGAAAAAGAAAAUUGACCAGCAGCGCCGCCGGGGUGAGGAAACUGGCAAGGACGAGGAAAUCCGGCGGCAGAAGGAACUCGCCCAAGAGCUGGAAGCUGCCAAGCGGCGUAGAGCGGAAAGGGAUGCUGAGAAGAGGGCGUGGGAGGAAGAGCAAGCCAAACUCGCUCGAGAGAAGGAGCAGGCGGAGAACGCGGACUGGCAUCAGGCGGAAGCAUCGUUUCAUGGGGCGCAGCAUUUCCUCAGGCAAGCUAUUCGCAUUCGGCAAGAACGGCCUUGCGGAACGGACAGACUUGCCCUUAAUUUGAGACUUGACAUGCUCGAUGUGAAACCAGAGGAAAAGAAUCCUGUAGAGUGCCUAGCAGAGUUGACGCUGGGAGGGGUGGAGGACUUGGAGCGACUAGCAGAAGAGGUUGAGCUCGAACUUGAAUACAUCCAGGACUUUCCGAAGGACAAGGACAACAAUUCUUUCAACCAGCGUGUGCGUCUAGAUUGGUGGGAGUGUGUGAAGAUAUGCGUGACGAGUGCUUUUGAAAGUGCGAAAGCCGCCCAAGUUUAUGGCGGUGCGAAUGGUGUGCAUAGUGCCGUCAGAGAAGACCUGGAUGCUCUUUUGAAGGGAAAGAGCCUCGAAAAGCUUCAGAGUAUGCAAGUCGAGAUAUCUAAGAAGCUGAGCAUGCGCCAGACACGCGAGAACAACGAGUUUGCAGAAAUCGGCUUUUGGACAGCGGCUUUGGCUCGCAUUCGUCGACUCAUGGCCGAAGACAAGCUUCGUAAUAUGAACUCGACCCUGCUUGAAGAACGAGAGAAGAGGGCGGCCACAUUUGUGAAGAAGGAGAAACCGACACAGGCCACUCCGGCUCUUGAUCACCCCGAGGGAAGUGCUGCUGAUUUCGAGAUGUUGCGGAAAGAGAGCGCAGUCGGCCUCCGCGAAGGAGAGGAGAAGUUUGCGGAAGAGGUGGAUGCGGUGACCAAAAAACGGGAACAGCCGGCAGCUGGAUACGCGUGGAACGACAAAUAUCGCCCGAGGAAGCCGCGGUACUACAAUCGCGUGCACACGGGAUACGACUGGACGAAGUAUAACCGGACACACUACGAUCAUGACAACCCUCCUCCAAAGACUGUACAAGGAUACAGGUUUAAUGUUUUCUACCCUGACCUCAUUGACCCAUCUGUUACGCCUACUUUCUCUAUCUCGCGAACUGAUAACCCUGAAGUGUCUAUAAUUACAUUCAAGGCCGGUCCGCCGUACGAAGACUUAGCUUUCAAAAUUGUGAAUAGGCCAUGGGAGCACUCCCAUAGAAGAGGGUACCGAUGCUCGUUUGACAAAGGCGUUCUCCAGCUCUGGUUCAAUUUCCAACGUUACAGGUACAGGCGAUAA